AUGUCUCAUUCAUUGCUUCACAAAUUUUCAAAUAAGUCUGUUCAAUAGAUAGUUUAGGAAUUGAUGUAUGAUGAAUACUUGGAGAGAGAUAAUAUGCUUAGAAAUGCCUUUAAUUCUUCACCUUUGAAGGCUGUAAAGAAAAAGAUAGUAUUUUCAAAGAACAUAUAUAACAAUUAUUUACAGUAAUCUCCUAGUUCUGUAACUUCGUAGAAUAAUCAAUGCAAGAUUAUAGGUGUAGUGGCAAUUUAAAAAAAGAAGAUUUAAGAUGUUAUCACCAAUGUGUCAGUAUAUAAUUAUAUUAUUUUAGUCCAAAGAAUAAUGCUAAAAAGGUGAAUAAGCCUAAGGAAUUAAGAGGAUUGUCAAUAUCUGAUCAUAUGGAUAAUUUGAUUAGAGAGAAAAGCAUUUUACCAUAAAUCUAAAGGUAAUCUUAGAAGUGCUUAAUGUUUAAUGAUGAUGAUUUUGAAGGAUAUAAAUUGAAAUCUGAAGAGAUGACUUUAGAGAUUGAUGAAUAUAUGCAAAUGAAGAAAGAUAAGAAUAGUUUUUAGUUACCUAAUAUUUAAUCAAGAAAUUAAUGA